UUAACCACUUGCCCUCUGCCCACUGGCUCUGGGCAAAACGACGAGCGGGUGGCCGUUUAUAAAAGGCCUCUGCAUUCACUGCCUGUGCGUGCUCCCUGGAAGUGCGCGGCACCACAAUCCGGUGCCCGCUUUGAGGAACACCUCUGUGUGAGGUCCCGAUCAUGUGAUCACUGAUUGGCCAAUCAGUGAUCACAUGAAUAGUAGUAUGCAAGAUGUCACUUGCUGACAUCAUUGCUUACUACUAGUGAAAUCUGUGAAUGAUCACAGAGGUCACAUGGUACAAGGC